AUGCAGCGGGCCAAUCGCCUUAGCGACGAUGAUAUCCGAGAGGAGGUUGACACCUUCAUGUUCGAAGGUCAUGACACUGUCGCAAGUGCCCUCGGAUACGCGUUGUUCUGCCUGGGUAACUAUCCGGAAGAACAAGAGAAGCUCUUCCAAGAAGUCAAAGAAGUGAUUGGGCCAGUGGAUCGCGAACUGACUCAGGACGACCUUCUCCAGCUGAAGCAAACGGAGAAGGUACUGAAAGAAGCUCUUCGAGUAUUCCCACCAGUUCCAAUGAUUGCUCGACGUCUUCACGAAAACGUCGAUUUCGGUGAGUUCUGUUUCUGA